AUGACUUUAUCGCUAUGAUAUUGAACUUGUACUAAAAUAAAAUAUGCAAGAAACCCCACAAACUCUCUACCCCAAAAAUAAAACUCAAAACCUAUAUAAACCCCAAGAUUUCUCUCUGUUAUCUUCCUGGGAAUGACAACUCUUUCAGAUAAAGGAAUCAUAAAUAUAGUAAAUAAAUACAUCUGAAAAAGUGAAAGAAAUCUACACCAUCAAGCUUAAUCUAAACCCCUAUACGUAUUUCAAGAUUUACCUUUAAACCCCAUUUUCAAGAUCUGUUUGCAUUUGUAUUUCUCUCAUGGCUGGACGUUAUUACAAUGACAAUCCGUUUGAUGAAGGACAGGAGGAUAACCCCUUUACGGACCAAGGGACUCGAGGAAAGGGUCAAUCGAAUUAUGGUAGCGGUCCAUUUUAUAUGAUGAAUCCUGCAAGUGUUCCUCCUGCUACAAACUCAAGGCUUUCACCUCUUCCUCAUGAACCUGCUGACUAUGAUCGUGGUGCAACAGUUGAUAUCCCUCUUGAUAAUCCGAAGGAUCUGAAGAAUAAAGAGAAAGAACUCCAAGCUAAAGAAGCUGAACUAAAAAAAUUAGAACAGGAUCUGAAAAGGAGGGAAGAUGCUAUAGCAAGAGCUGGAGUUGUCAUAGAGGAAAAGAAUUGGCCACCUUUCUUCCCCAUUAUUCAUCAUGAUAUUGCAAAUGAAAUUCCAAUCCAUCUACAGAAGUUGCAGUAUGUUGCAUUUUUUACAUGGUUGGGUUUGGUAGCCUGUCUUCUAUGGAACCUUAUAGCAGUUACCUCAGCUUGGAUCAAAGGAGAAGGUAUAACUAUCUGGCUUCUUGCUAUCAUCUAUUUAAUAUCUGGUGUCCCAGGAGCCUAUGUGCUGUGGUAUCGUCCUCUGUAUCGUGCAAUGAGGACGGAUAGUGCACUGAAAUUUGGAUGGUUCUUCUUAUGUUAUCUCUUUCACAUUGGAUUCUGCAUCAUUGCUACUGUGGCACCUCCCAUCUUCUUCAAAGGAAAAUCUUUAGCUGGCAUCUUGCCUGCAAUUGAUCUGAUAGGCUGGAAUGGUUUGGUUGGGGUAUUCUACUUCAUAGGAUUUGCAUUCUUCUGUAUUGAAUCCCUGACCAGCAUAUGGGUUAUUCAGCAAGUGUACAUGUAUUUCCGAGGAAGUGGCAAAGCCGCGGAGAUGAAGAAAGAGGCUGCAAGGUCUACAAUGAUGGCAGCACUGUGACAAUACAAGAGCAAAGACAAGCAGCUUUUGAGCUUUGGAGCUGUUGAGUUCUUUGAUUGCUUUCUUCUCACACCAUAUAUCAUAUAAAAUGUAAGGUUGGAUUAGCAUGUAUCAUAUCAUAUAUCUACUAUAAAUUAUAUUGUUAUUAACACACAUUUAAUUAUUUAAUUUAAAUAUUUAGAUUUUAUUAA